GGAGUUGUCCCUUUUAUCAUCUUUCUAUUUAAAGGACUCCGUCAUUGAGCCCUGUUCUCUGUUCAGUUGAUCCUCCAUUCCAUUCUUCUUUCUCUGUACUCGCACACAACAUUGUGCGAGAAGUGAAGUCACAAUGUCGGUCUCUCUCAGAUUUUCGGCGCUCUGUUUAUUUCUGGUUUAUAUGCUUUUCCUUUCCGUCAAUGGCGUUUCGAGUAUGGAGGAGGAAACUGAGUUGCAGAGCUUAAUAGACAACUCAACAAUGGCCGAUAGGAGAAAUGAAAAUAUUGCUAUUGAAAAGAAUGAUAAGGCUGUUGAAGAGAAUCCGGAAAGGGUCGCUUCUAUGGUUGACAUGAGCAUUCGCAAUAGUACUGAAAGGAGGAAAUUAGGAUUUUUGUCAUGUGGCACCGGGAACCCAAUCGACGAUUGCUGGCGGUGUGACAGGAACUGGCAGCGCCACCGCAAGAGGUUGGCAGAUUGCGCUAUUGGGUUCGGACGUAACGCAAUCGGCGGUCGUGACGGACGGUAUUACGUCGUCACCGAUCCUAAUGACGACGACCCCGUACACCCCCGACCGGGAACUCUCCGGCACGCCGUCAUCCAAGACCAACCUCUCUGGAUCAUCUUCAAACGCGACAUGGUGAUCACACUAAAACAAGAACUAAUCAUGAACAGUUUCAAAACAAUCGACGCUCGUGGAGUCAACGUCCACAUCGCAAACGGCGGUUGCAUCACAAUCCAAUACAUCACAAACGUCAUCAUCCACGGACUCCAUAUCCACGACUGUAAACCAACCGGAAACGCCAUGGUCCGAAGCUCCCCCUCACACUACGGCUGGCGAACAAUGGCUGACGGUGACGGAAUAUCCAUCUUCGGCUCCAGCCAUAUCUGGAUCGACCAUAAUUCUCUCUCUAACUGCGCCGAUGGUUUAGUUGACGCCAUUAUGGGUUCAACCGCGAUUACAGUUUCUAACAAUUACUUCACCCACCACAACGAGGUUAUGUUACUAGGCCACAGUGACACCUACGACAGGGACAAAAUUAUGCAAGUCACCAUCGCAUAUAAUCAUUUCGGUGAAGGUCUUGUUCAAAGAAUGCCACGUUGUAGGCACGGGUAUUUCCAUGUCGUAAACAAUGACUACACACAUUGGGUAAUGUAUGCUAUUGGUGGAAGUGCAGAUCCCACAAUUAACAGCCAAGGCAACCGAUACCUUGCCCCUGUUAAUCCUAAUGCUAAAGAGGUGACUCAUAGAGUGAUGACAGCUGGAAGGUGGAGGCAUUGGAAUUGGAGAUCGGAAGGUGACCUAAUGUUGAAUGGAGCAUUUUUUGUCCCAUCAGGGAAAGGAGCGGGAGCCAGUUACGCACGUGCCUCGAGCUUAAGUGCUAAACCAUCGUCUGUUGUGGCGUCUCUUACUUCGGGAUCGGGUGCGCUUGUUUGUCGACGAGGCAGAGAAUGUUAGAAAAACGAGUAUAUUAAUCUCUCUCAUUUUUGAGAAAUCUCAGUUUUCAUUUUUCUGAACAUUCUCUUUCGUUUUUUAUUUGGAACGAAAUAUUUGAGAAGUGUACAUCUAAUUCUAUUUUCCCUCUCCUCCCUUGUAAAUUUCUGUAGUUGUUUACGUAAAAUUCUCUUGAUAGAUGAAAUUCAAGAGAGGAAGUGAACAGCAAUUUAAGUGUGUUUACCGAUUGUUCUUUUGUAAUCCUUUGUUACUUCAAUAGAACUAUUAUUACUUUGAAAGAAAAGUGAAAACUCUUAUUAAUAUUA